AGAGAUUUCCGUUUCCGUUUCUGCGCUGGCCAACGUUCAGCGGACGCCUGUGAGUAGAGAAGUCUAGAAACAUUUCAGAAUAGUUUGUAGCCUUAAAUAACUAGCGGGUUAUUUUUAUUAACGUAAUUUGGUGUGGCGGAUGAAAAAACGGGAAUUAAAUAGUAACGAAUAAACUUUUUAUGCCGCGGUAAAACAGCUGAAUAAAGUGAGAGAUUUUCCCCCAUCAUGUCUCUGCCCAAGCGUGAGGUUGAUGAGCUGAGGCCAUGGGUGGAACGUACAGUAAAGAAGGUCCUAGGUUUUUCUGAACCCACUGUGGUCACAGCAGCAUUACAUUGUGUAGGAAAAGGCCUGGACAAAAGAAAAACCACAGACCAGCUAAGGCCGUUUCUUGAUGAUUCAGCGAGCAGCUUUGUUGAGCGUCUGUUUGAAGCUCUUGAGGAAAGUAGAAACUCCCGUGGCAAUAGAGCAGCAGGAGAGAAGAACCGCAAAAGAGAGCUGAAGGAAGUGUUUGGAGAUGAGAUGGAAGGAGUGAAGGGUGGAGACAGUGUGGAAUCUGUUGUAAAGAAGAAGAGGGUGCCUCGCUUUGAGGAGGUGGAGGAGCCACCUGUUUUACCUGGACCCCCUACAGAGAGUCCUGGCAUGCUCACCAAAAUGCAGAUAAAGCAAAUGAUGGAAGCAGCCACGAGGCAGAUUGAGGAGAGAAAGAAACAGCUAAGUUUUGUGACUCCUGGCCCUAUCAUGCAGCCUAGAUUGGUUCCCUCUCAGACAGACUCUAGUGCUCCACAUCCCAUCCUUCCAACAGUGGGUGCAACCCAGUCCAUCGCUCCCUCCCAGGCUGCUAACUUCAUGAAUGAUGCUAUAGAGAAAGCCCGCAAGGCAGCUGAGCUGCAGGCCAAGAUCCAGUCCACACUGGCUAUGAAACCUGGAAUUCUGGGUGCUUUGGGAAACACAGGGCCACAUAACCUGGUUGCCCUGGCUAACCUACACGCCAUGGGCAUUGCUCCACCUAAAGUGGAACCACGUGAGGUCACAAAGCCAACACCCCUCAUUUUGGAUGAGCUUGGACGAACUGUUGAUGCCAGUGGGAAAGAAGUUGAACUCACUCAUCGAAUGCCGACUCUAAAAGCCAACAUCAGAGCGGUGAAGAGGGAACAGUUUCGGCAGCAGUUAAAGGAAAAGCCCAGUGAUGACCUGGAAUCCACGUCUUACUUUGACUCACGUGUGGCCAUCAACUCUGCACAGAGAGCGAAGAGAGGGUUUAGGUUCCAUGAACAGGGACGCUUUGAGAAGAUUGCCCAGCGCAUACGCACAAAGGCUCAGUUGGAGAAACUGCAGAUGGAGAUUGCUCAGGCUGCCAAGAAGACAGGCAUACAGGCCUCCACUAAACUGGCUCUUAUUGCCCCUAAGAAGGAAUUGGGAGAGGGGGAGAUUCCUCACAUAGAGUGGUGGGACUCCUACAUUCUGCCUUCCCACAUAGAACUAUCUGCACAUAUAAAUUUUGAUGAGGUGGAAAUGCAUGGAGUAACCAACCUAGUUGAACACCCAAUUCAGAUGGCCCCUCCAGUGGAUACAGAUAAGCCAGUGACUCUGGGUGUGUAUCUGACCAAGAAGGAGCAGAAGAAGUUGAGGAGACAAACUCGCAGAGAAGCCCAGAAAGAGUUGCAGGAAAAGGUCCGAUUGGGUCUUAUGCCCCCACCUGAACCUAAAGUGCGGAUCUCUAAUUUGAUGAGGGUUUUGGGGACGGAAGCUGUGCAGGACCCCACUAAAGUGGAGGCUCAUGUUAGAGCACAAAUGGCAAAGAGGCAGAAAGCCCACGAGGAGGCAAAUGCAGCACGCAAACUUACAGCAGAACAAAGGAAAGAGAAGAAGGUGAAGAAACUUAAGGAGGAUUUAAGUCAUGGGGUUCACAUUGCUGUUUACAGAAUCCGAAAUCUGCAUAAUCCAGCCAAGAAGUUUAAGGUGGAGGCCAAUGCAAACCAAUUGUACCUCACUGGCACCGUGGUACUUCACAAAGACGUCAACAUUGUAGUAGUGGAGGGAGGUGUGUGAAAUUGAUUAGAGAAUCUCUAU